GGGGGGAUCGCUGUUCCACGGCAGCCAACCAAUCAGAGCAUCGACACACGUCGAGUUUUCAAAAGUGUCCCGACUCACAGCUUCCAGGUGAAACUGCACAGCGACUCAAGGUUUCUUCCUCAGCUCGCCCAUGCGGCCGCUCCUCCAGCCAUUGAUGACCACACUGUUUGAAUCCAGCAGACAUGAGUGACAGCGGGCCCAGUGAGCCGCCGGUGCAGCCCGGCAGUGGUCAGCCUCCAGCAGAGCCUCAGCGAAGGGGCAGAGGUCGCCCACGAAAACUGCCACAGGAGCCCGUUGGGCCCCCGACGCCGAAGAGACCGAGGGGACGACCGAAGGGCAGCAAGAACAAAUGCCCCAAAACUGCACUGAAACUAGAGCCUGCGGAGGAGAGACGACCUCGUGGGCGUCCGAGGAAAUGGCCACAAAAAGUCGUUCAAGUAGAAGGAACAAAAACGCAGCAGGUUGCCUCGGAAGAAGACGACGAAGGUCGAUCACCGUUUGAGUCCUCAUCAUCUCAGGUUCCACCUCAGGAGGAAGAGCAGUAGAUCUCAAUCAUCUGUAACUACCUCGAUGCGUGUCAGCGACACACACACAUACUGAGACACACACGCACACACAUUGACAACACUUACACUUUCUUACUGGGUCAUGAGAAGUUAAACUACCAGCGAAAGCGACAUCAUCUUUGCAACUACUUACUCCCUUUGUGAGCCACUGUCUUGGAGACUGGAGGUCCUUCCUCCACUGACUCAAGCCUACGGUGGAUUAAUGUUACUAUCCACCAUGCCAAGUAGUAAAGACCAAAGCUAUGAGAGGAGAAGUGCUUUUAUUGAACAUUGUUUUUCCACGUCUCGGACGAUACAUGAGCUACUUUCGUGAUCUAUCCACUGGUACUGCUCCUGAUAUGCUCGAUAAGAACUCAUGGGUCCAAAAAACAUCUUUUUAAUAUCAAACAUUAUCAUCAAACAAAUGUUUUUAUAAGCCUUGUAUCAAUAUUUUUUUUGUUGACUUUGCCAUACAUCCCUCCUUCUGUCUGCGAUUUAGCUAUGUGUGACCCAUUUUCAAUAUGUCAAUAUUAUAAACCAAGCCGCAAAAAUCUCCCCAUUGGCUCGUACUACAAGUUCCAUAAUGCACUGCAACAGUUGCAGAAGAGUCGUCGUCCUGAUGAAACAUGGUCGCGUACAAAAAAUUCCAUGUGUCAAGUAGAAAAACAGCACAACAUUAGCCAUAAAUGAGUCGUGACAAAAUCUAAUCCAGCCACUGCUGCAUGAAGUACUUUUUAAACAUUUUUGCUAAAACUAAAAAUUCUGACUGAUGGACUUUAUCUACAUGAUAUGAGUCAUGUUAAAUUUGACCUGUACCUCGGUUUCAACUUGCACGUCAACGCACUAGUCAUUCUGCAGGGUGCAGAAACGCACACUGACAGAUGUGACCAGGAUAAAACAAUCUCUAAUUCAGGAUUCAUAAACAAAUAAGCGAUACAAGAAAUAUACAUGUCAAGGGUCAUAACAAACUUGUAUUGUCCUCGAGUCUGUUUCUCAGCAAGUUUCAAAUAGUAUUUGCAGUCAGCCAAAAUACACACUACAUUUUAUUAACGGUUGUUCGUAGCCAGGUACAAACAUUUCUUUCCUAGAUUUCUUUAGAUUUUUAAAUAAAUCAUGUUUAUUUUAAUUUAGGAAAUUUGAGAAAAUGAAUCGCUCCAUUUUUUAUUUUUCUUCAAUCUGUUGUUUACUAGACUGCUUGAACUAACAAUUGACGGUAAAUGGGGAAAAAAAACGAUUUGUCUCCCAGGUAUUACUCAGUAGUAGUUUUUAUGUAACUGUAUUUCUCUUCUUAAAUACUGAAUCCAAAAAGUAGCUUAGAAUUUUUCUUUAGGACGUCUUGUGUUGUCAGUGCAGGUGUGUGCGUGUGCAGCUGGUGUCUAGUAGAGGCUCCGUUCGAUGACUUUUCAGACACGUUCCCCAAGUCAACCUUGAUCCAUGCGACUUAGUUUUCCUGAAAAAUGCCGUUUUCUGACAAACUCGUCUGGAACUUGUUUUAUUGGCAGCUACACUUCUUAAAUUAGAAACCUUUGAAUCUCCAAUUCAUGUUGCUCCUAUUCUGGCAUCAUUGUUGCAGUUGCCUUCAGAAGUUGUUUUCAGUUCUGUGUCGCUAAACUUGAAUGACAUUUUUACUGUUUUGAUUUUUCACAAACAUCCAAAUGUACAUGUUUUUCCAUAGUUUCUAUGAAUGAAAGAGGUGUAGCGAGAUGGAUGAAAGAGCACUUAUUUUGGACUGUUACUUCUCGUGCUGCAUUUGGGAUACAAUGGACAGAAUCCAAAUCCAUGAAAAAAAAAGUUUUUUUUAAAACUAUAUUGUGAUUGUAGCCUGUAUUAUUGGAUAAGUAGAUUGUCGUGAACCAUCGCAAUAAUUGGGUAGCUCAGACAUGAACCUGGGUGUUCAACUGUUCCCAAAGUCACAAAGUAUCCAAACACAAUGAUCCAUUCCAGACUGGUGAGGGAAGACAUUUGGAUGAUUGAAAAAGAUCAUCUAUGCUUCGAUGUUUUACACAUCCCAUCUUUGCAGUCAUCAAAUGCUGCUGUCCAAUUCUUUCUUUCUUUCUUUGUUUUUUGUAAUUCUAGUUGAUCCGUGAAUCCAUUUCCCCCGAUCCAUCCCCCACAAUAUGUCCACUUGAGGGCACAAGCCGAGGACAGAUAAGGAAAAUUUAAACUAUUAAGGCAAACAAAACAUAAUCCAGAGCUGCACAUGCAGCACUGGUUUGCUCUUCUGCUCAGAAGAGGGACCUGGGAUUGACGCCAGAACUGUUCAACUGUUAAGUGUUCGCGAAAAAGCUAAGGGUGCUAAAAAAAAUCAUUCCUGUGGGCAACUGAAAUGUGAAAAUAAGUGGUGUGGAUGACACGGAAUUAAUCCAUUUAACGCCUUUAUUGUUGCGCUGAAUUGUUUUAUUAAAAAUAGAUGUGAAGCUUUCAUUCAAAAACUCUCCGGUGAAAAACAGACGGCUCACGUUGUUAUCUUAAAUGAAUCUGCGUUUCACGAGACUCAGGAUUUCAAGGCCACAGUUCUCUUUCACCAUUACAAAAACCUCAGGUACACGAUCAUUCGCAAACAUGUCGUCAUUCUUUUCACUUCUGAUGUUGUGCGUUGUAUUUGCAUUUGUCAUCUGUACUGACGUAACCAGAGAACCUUGACACAAAGACCUCAUGUGAACCUUAGCUAUUGUCUUGAUCUCCAACUCUACCUCAGUAACCAAACCAUCUCAUCCACGGUCACUUCCAACUCAGUCAGCACUUGAAACACGCGCAGGUCAGUAGACAGGACUGUUUUCAUGCGUAAACGUCAAUACACAGAUACAAGUUUCACUUUUUGCAGAAAAAAAGAAUGAAAACACAAUUCUCAGAUGACAAAAAAGUUUGGUGUUUCCUGGAUAAAUACUUGGUAGGUUUCAGCCUUGGACUUUUCUUGUUCACAACUGUAAUGUCUUGGACCAUCAUUCCACUGUAAACAGAUUGAUGUAAUUUUACAGAACACUGCUGUAGUACAUGGAACACAAAAGACGUCCAAAAUUGCCCGCACUAUAUAGUAGUUAUAUGGUGUAUGAGAUUAAAUUUGGAUUCUGACUGGUCAGUUUUAAGGCCCAUUUAUGCUCCCUUUACAUAGAAAAUUGUACCUGACCAUUUCGAACAAUGUUCACCUGCUUCCUUGUGUUCUUUACGUUGCUGUUCACCAAUAUAUCCACCAGGUGGAGCAGCCCAGGUUCUAAAUUUUAUGACAGCACACUCCAAAACAAACAUGGCGACUGUGGAGUCAGUAUUGAUCUUGUAGAUCGGAGGCAGUGUUGUUGGAAGCGGUGGUCGGUGAGGCCACUGGAAGACGGAGAGUUUCUGCCAUUGUUGUGUCUUCUUCGUCUCUCAUUAGAGCUACGUAUUGGGUAGCAACAGCAACACUGCCCCCUCAUGGUUUCUGGUGGUACUGCUCUGUUUGGCUUGUAUCCGUGAAAUACGGAAGAAAUGAACACUGAGCAGAGACAGAAAGUUCCAUCCGGAUCUGGCGCCGUACGUAAUGUGGAGCAUAAGUGGGCCUUAAGUCCUGUUUCAUUUGGACUGGUUUUCUCCUGAGACAUAUGCUGAUGUCAAGAUAUCCAUAAUUGAAGGGCCUAUAAAAAUCUAUCAAAAACAUGAGGUGAUAUAUUCAGUAUUUUCACCGCUGUACAGCUGAUGUAUUCACCCAGCAGAAGCACUUGUAGUAGCUCGGUAGUACAGUACUGUCAGGCAUCCAUGGUGCCCCAAUUAUGAUCACUAUUGAAGCAGAAAGUUAUUCAAUUAAAUUUGAAAUUAAAAUUUCAAACAUCGUUGUUUAAUUUUUUUUUGCUCAAUAUCCAUCGCUGGACCUCUAUGCUUCUGACUUGAAAGUACAUUUGUUUCCUGUUGGCGCCUGCGUCCUGGUUGUUCCAUGCGUUUCAUCAGUGUUGACAAAAUUGCUGCCAGAAGAUCUUCAUUAGUUGACAGGAAGUUGUUAUGUUUAACUGCAUUAAUUGUUACCCUCUGGACUACCUCAGAUACCAAACAAGCGUGGCUCAUUUAUGUCUGAGAACAUUUUUUUUUGGGCGGGGGGGUUAGCUUUUGGCUGAACUCCUCUGACCUGCAGCUGUCUGGAUCUGGCCCAAGUGGUGUUGGAGAGUUGUGAAAGUCAAGUUCCUAUAAGAACUGUCUUGUUAAUCUCAUGAUGUCACAUCACAGGAGGACAACAUGAUGACGUUCCUGGGCAUUUAUUUUUUUGUUACAGUGUGACUUUUACUGUUCUGAAUACGGUUACUUGAUCCAGAGUUGUGCUAUUGACAUGUCAUCUGCCUCAUUAUUGCAUCUCACAAACCUGUGAUAUGUAUGUGUUGUUUUGGGUCUGUAAGUCGUGUUGUGUAUGUUACCCUGCUUUGUUCUUUUUUUUGCUUAUCAAUAAAAUU